AAAGCACAGAGGUGAACUUGCAUUUUGGCGCCAUGGCAACCAUCCGCUUUGCAAUGCUCGCCAUGCUUUGGCAUAUGUAUGGAUGUAUGGCUACAAAUGGCAACGCAGAAUUCAAAGAAUCUGUGCUUGCAGUCUCCGAGACUAUGGGUGUGAUUGCAAUACCAAUUUUUCGCACUGGUGGCAGUACUGGUGCAUUGACUGCCACUGUUACCGCCAGCAUGGCAUCAGGCAAUGCCAGCGUGCAGGAUUUUCAACUGGAGACACCGACGAUGGCUUGGUCAGAUGGUGACAAUUCUUACAAAGCUGUUUUUCUGCGAUUAGUAGACGAUGACUUAAGCGAAGGGCUUCGCAUCCUUGUCCUGCACCUCGAGGAUUCAAACUUGCAACGUCCAGCUUCGGCCAUCUCCACUCUGGAAGUGCACAUCUCCCACGACACGGACGGUGGUGUUGUUCACUUUGUGAAGCACGGAACGUCAAACUCCAACGCCGCCAACGCCACGUUCUUCGGCGAAGAGAUCAUGGAUGUCUUGGAGGGCGCUGAGGGGUGCCUGGUCUCCGCGAAGCGGAGCGGCACCGCUGGCUUUGCGGCCGUGCAGAUGCAACCGGGCGCCUGCCCAUUGGCCGACUUGGAGGCCAAAGUCUCCAAAGAUUUUGACUUCGCCCCAGCGGCAGAGCCGUUGAGCUGGGCUCCUGGCGAAGGAGAUGAGCGGUGCCUGCUGCGGCUGGGUGAAGCCCAGAACCCUCAGGAGGGUAGCAUCAGGCUAUGGCGCGACGGCAUCAGGGAGACGCCGGAGCUGAUUUGUUUGCAGGCAAAUGCAACUGGCAGUGCUCAACUGGACCGGACGUCCAUGACGCUACUCCUCCGAGAUCGGGCCACCGAUAGUGGUGGGUCCACCAACUGCACCUUUGGCAGGCCUUGCAACAUCCAGCUGCAGGCCGGGUUGAACCUACGGCACCGCCUGGUUGUUGGCUACUGGUCAUGUGGUCCAUGGACCUGCUUGGAGCAACCACCAAUAGAGCCACAGGAUGGCGAGGUGAAGCUGGGUCGGGAUCAGCUCCACACUCCAGGACUAUGGUUGCUGUGUGCCUGCGCCUCUCCACCGCAGGUGAGGGACAAAGUGGUGCACGAGGUGCACGUUGCUGGCCCUUACUAUUACGAGGAUGUGCACAAACUAGAUACCAGUGAAUUCUUCCUGUCCAUCGAUGGGCUAGGACUGCAAGCGGGUGCUCAUGUUACAAUCCGGUGGGAUUGCGAUGAUCCGUUCUUUGCCGAGGAUCCGUGGGCACGCACCACGGAUGGCAUUACCUUCCGGAGCUUCCACGGCAAGCUGCUGCCAGGCCGUUGGCAAAUCUGCUGGUGUGGCAGUGACAAUUGCUUUGGUGGACUUGCUGGAGAUGCAGUGUGGACAUACAUCGGCAUCAUUGACUUUCAUUGCAAGGCCGGCUUCGUUGCAAGGGAGGAUGGUUGUGAGACCUGUUUCUUCCCAUGGGAUUACCCUAAUGAGAUGCAGACAAGCUGCUUGGUACACAGUGGCCGGGCAACCAGCUACAUAGUGUUUGUGACUUGCUUCAUGCUAUUUUGCUUCAUCAGCUUCGGCCAGUUGGAACUCAAGCGGAACUACUUCGAGCUGAAGCCAAACUCAUACCUCCCGUAUUUCACGCUGACGGGCCGCAACGUGCGCAUUGAGGACUUGGACAAAGCACCGGCAGACGACCACAUAGUGGUGACCACCUUGGGGCCUCAUCGUUUUCGCCAUCGCAGCAGCUUUACAAUUACCAUUGAGGGUACCUUGCACCCUGACAUUGAUAGCAAGCAGGUCCGCGCAGAACCAAUAGACCACACUCGGUUGAAGGUCUUCAUGGAAGACACAAAGGCUGCGGCAAGCUCCUCAGGCUAUUUUUACCUUAGCAUAUGGGAGACACUCUGGUUCUCCCACAGCACCCACAUUGCGGUGGUGCGAGUGCCGAUCCUUCUGCUUGUGCUUAUGGUUGUUCAGAGCACUGCGGCCUUCUUUGUAUGGCAGGAGAUUUACAACGAGACGGAGUUGGCGCUGGCGCUAAGUAUCCCGAUGCUGAUGGCUCUCACCCUACGCGCGUACUUUGGCGUGAUCAAGUGGCGCCGGCCCUCGCCACUCAAGCUCAGGCUGCAGCAGUUCUCAGCGACAUUGAAACCCCACCCCAAGACCUGCGAGCGCGGACCGAAGCGAGCAAUCCAGGCGCAGAUGGUGGUGAGGCUCUGCAAACAUUUCUCUUCCUUCCUUGGGCUGAGAAGGAGCAUGUACUACGUUUGCUCCCAUCUCGUCGUGCCAAUUUGCAAGAAGUUCCAGGUUUCCUUUGCAGAGCGUGUUGGCCCGCAGGAAGCCGAUUUCUUCGUCAGCCACUUUUGGGGCACACCCUUUCAUGACUUUUGCGAGUCUUUGCAUCAUCAUGCGGUGCGCAUUAGUGACAAUGACAAAGAGAGAUCUUGGACGACGAUCUCGUAUUGGAUUUGUACUUUCAGCAACAACCAGUUCAAGGUGCAGGAGGAGUUGGGCGAGGAUCAAGACUAUAAGAACUCCUCCUUCUACAUGGCCUUGGAACAUGGGCAAUGCAAGGGGACUGUCAUGAUGCUGGACAAGGAUGUGCGGAUGCUGACAAGGUCCUGGUGUUUGUUUGAGCUGCUCGAGACCAUCAAACUGGAGAAAUCAAAAAGUGGAUUCGAGGGUGCCUUCUUCGCGACACCCGCGGGUGUGCUGAACUUUGGGGACGCAACGGUGGAAGUGGUCAUGCAGAUCGCUGAAGCUACUGCAAAGAUCAGGCUGCAGGAUGCUAGAGCGACCGUUGAGGAGGACAAGCGCAUGAUCGACGAGUAUGUGCUGCAGGAGAUGGGUAGCUACGAGAGCAUCAACUAUGCCCUCAAGCAGCGCCUUGCGGAAGCCCUUGUGAAGUGCCAAAACGCGGUCAACCGCAGGUUCACCAAGCUCGCACACAAGCUGGAGCAAAGCGAGGAAAAUCUCAAUCAGAUGGUGCAGAUGGACCACAUUCCGACAGAAGCCGGCGUGGUGCGAGGCAUCUCAAGCACGCUUGAUUUUCACGAUGUGCAUGCGGAUAUCGCUUUGCGCGUCUUGGACUAUACAGAAACCUGAGCAAUUGGCCAGAGUUCUUGAUGGAGCU